GGCAGGCAGUAGGCGCUAAAGCAGACCGAAGUGAGUGUUGCAGUUCCUUCACACGGACUACCAACUGAGAACUCAACAAGGACUUGUGGAUUUAAGUUUUUAUAUCACGCGAAUGGUGGUUUAACUGGAGUCAAGCGCCGUUUACGCACUAAAUCACGGCUUUUUUGUGGAUAUUUAAUGUUUUUGAUCCCUACGUGUUGGAUACUGUAGCCUCUAAGCGCACGCGCUUCAUUCCUGCCGGACUAUAAACACGCGCUGCGGUUUCCAGGGCGACCACAGCUAACUUUUUGAGGCCGUUUUUCCUACAGAGGGGUAUCCGCGCUAAGUGUCGCGGUGACUCCCGUGAUGAUGGUGUCGCUCUCCGGGGCAGCUCUGCUCCUCCUGUCCGGGCUGGUGGCUCCGCUCCUUGGGGUGCGGGCUUUCGGCGACGAAGUGGAGGAAAUGACCUGCGACCCUAUCCGUAUCAGCAUGUGCCAGGGUCUGGGUUACAACGUCACCAAGAUGCCCAACCUGGUCGGCAACGUGCUGCAGUCGGACGCGGAGCUGCAGCUGACCACGUUCACGCCGCUCAUACAGUACGGCUGCUCCAGUCAACUCAAGUUCUUCCUGUGCUCAGUCUACGUACCAAUGUGUACGGACAAAGUUCCCAUCCCAAUCGGACCGUGUGGAAGCAUGUGUCUUUCAGUCAAGAGAAAAUGCCUCCCUGUUCUCCAAGAGUUUGGCUUCAUAUGGCCUGACGUGCUCAACUGCAGCCUCUUCCCACCUCAAAACGACCACAACCACAUGUGUAUGGAGGGCCCUGGGGAUGAGGACCCACCCUACCAGCCUGUCCGUCACCCACCCCACCAGGAGGAGUGUCAGGCUCUGGGUUCUGCCCCUGACCAGUACACCUGGUUAAAACAGACAGAAACCUGCACCCUGCAGUGUGGCUAUGACAGCGGGCUCUACAGACGAGGAGCCAAAGUCUUCACAGAUGCUUGGAUGGCGGUUUGGGCCAUAUUGUGCUUUCUGUCCACUACUCUGACUGUCCUGACCUUUCUGCUGGACUCACAGCGCUUCUCAUACCCUGAGAGGCCCAUUAUCUUCCUGUCCAUGUGCUGCAACCUGUACAGUGUGGCCUACCUGGUGCGGUUGACUUUGGGGAGGGAACGGGUUUCCUGUGACCUGGAUGCCACAGCAGUCCCCAUUCUUGUCCAAGAAGGGUUAAAGAGCACGGGCUGCGCCAUAGUCUUCCUCCUUCUCUACUUCUUUGGCAUGGCCUCCUCACUGUGGUGGGUGAUCCUGACCCUUACCUGGUUCUUGGCAGCUGGACUGAAGUGGGGCCAUGAAGCUAUUGAAAUGCACAGCUCCUACUUCCACAUAGCAGCCUGGGCCAUCCCAGCAGUAAAAACUAUUGUUAUCCUUAUAAUGAGACUGGUGGAUGCAGAUGACCUGACAGGACUGUGCUAUGUUGGGAAUCAGCAGCAGGAGGCGCUCACAGGCUUUGUGGUGGCCCCACUUGCCACGUAUCUGCUAAUAGGGACUCUCUUCAUUUGUGCUGGCCUUGUGGCUCUCUUCAAAAUCCGCUCCAAUCUGCAGAAGGAUGGUGCUAAAACAGACAAGCUAGAGCGUUUAAUGGUCAAGAUCGGGGUGUUUUCAGUUCUGUACACUGUCCCAGCAUCCACUGUGAUUGGCUGUUACCUCUAUCAGCUCUCCAACUGGGGGGAGUUCAGAGCCAGCACCCAGGACUCAUACGUGGCAUCAGAGAUGCUUCGAAUCUUCAUGUCGUUACUUGUGGGCAUCACAUCGGGCAUGUGGAUCUGGUCGGCAAAAACUCUCCACACGUGGCAGCGCUGCUCAGCCCGUCUGCUCAGGGACAGUAGGGCGAGCAGAGGGGGUAAGAGGACGCCGGGCGAGGGAUGGAUCAAACCAGGGAAGGGCAACGAGACAGUGGUGUGAGGAGUGUGAAAGAGAGACCCGACAGGAAAAGACUUCUACCUGGGUCUCUCUGAACUGAACUGCCAAAUAAAAGGUGGAGAGAGGGGAAAAUGUGAUGAAGGAAAGCAGCAGUUUCUCAAAAAAGCCACUGGAGGUUACAGUGUCAUAAAUGCUGGCUGCCUCACUCUCUCCAGGUGACUCUGCGCAGGGGUUAAGAAGGAGAAAAGUGGAGGACUGGGAUGAAAUCGAGUAGCAACAGUAGCCUCUCUACCUCUGUUAGAUCUUAUUUGCGAGAAGAAACAGAAAAAAAUGAAGGAGAAAGAGAACUGAAAGGCAGAACAGAAGCAUCAUUAUGCAGAACAGACACACAGAUAAGCUGUGUAGCACCACGUCUACCUCUGUCUCUCUUUUCUCCUCACACACCUAAGCAGAAGAGACUGAACCUGCUGGGAACAGUAACCUGAACACCGUUGUGUCUUUCUUGGGUCUUUUAAAGUUUAACACUGGAGGGACAUGGAGCAGAUAUCACACAGAUGAAGGUUUCCCAAAAGCAUAUGAUAACUUAAGUCCCUGUGUGGUUUUAAGUCAACAGUCAACAAAACAGGCUACCAGACCAAAAAUGAUCUAAAUCUAAAGGAAACAUAUCAAACACAGCCUUAAAGUGGUGACUUUUUAAUAUUAGAAAACCUUAUGGACUAAGGAUGUCAAAAUUUAUUUUUCACUUUAAUGUGGUUUAAAAUGAUUCAAUUUCAGUUAUUUCAGUGACUGAGAGCUUGAAAUAAUUCAGGAAUUGAAAUCAAACCUGCAGGUCCUUUUGACAAAAGUUUCCUAAAGCAAAAAAGAGACAGCAUGUCUAAACUGUAGAAAUAUUCUGUGACAUUUAUGAAGUGUUUCAUCACAUUUUGGAGGUUAGACAGUGUGCAAAAAUAUGCCUGCAUUUUAAGUAAUUAAAACAUGAAAUGAACCAAUAUUCAAGAGGAUUUGACUGCAAACUUCUGGAGUGGGCUGAUUUUUUGGCUUAUCUGUUGCUGACAUCUACGGUGGGGCAAUCUUGAUCAUGGGGUGGGAAGUGACACAUUACCAAAGCCGCAACCAAAAUGACGGACUGAUUGACAUAUAUUUUCUGGGGGGGCAAAGGGGGAAUACAUUUAAAUUUUACCCACUACAAACUAAGGAAAACCGAAAGAGGGUUAGGAUAAGGCACGGGAACAGAUGAACCCAAAAUGCCCCACCAAAGAGGUCUGCAGUCAGCUGCCUCUCCCAACAUUGGUUGACUAGGACUUCUACUUUCCAUGGUAUGGACACUUAUAUCGAUUAUGUUUAAUUUAUGCAAGAAUCUUUUUGAAGCAUUAGAAUUUGGUAUUUUUACAAUUCUAUUUUGCAAAAUAAAAGAUAGCAGGGGAUUUUAAUGCUCAAAUGUUUGGGGAAUAUAGCUUUAAGCUGUAAAAAUGCACUAAAAUUAUACACAUUAUGUGAAGGUGUUUGUUACACAAGGGACACCAGUGAUGGGAUAUAAAUCAUAUCACAACAAUUUAUCAUAUAUGAGCCUUUUACACAUAGAGUUUGGUCAGUUUUCAACUUGAAAAUACGACAGAAAACAGUGAGUUCAGUGUUUUAUUACCAAAUCAGUAACCAAAGGGCUUUUAUUUUGAAGGAAACAGCACACAGACAAAACACAAUAAAAGAUUUCUUUUUUAAUAUGUCCUGUAGAUUUAUAUGUGUGCGCUUGUUAUGAAGUCAUACCCACAGCUGUGCCUUUUAACAACAUAUUUAAGCAGUGAGGUGUCUGGGAAAUUUAGGCCUGUGUGUUUUACCUCUAUGAGAAGCUCAGCUAAUUUCCAGUGAUGUGUGCAACCUUCUUGGAAAGCCCAUACUGUACAUGCUCUCCAGUUACCAUGGAAUCCAGGAAAUUAAAUUAUUCCCUCUGCCCUCUUUUUCAAACAUUGGACCCAAGGCCGGUUAAAGAGUGAAAGGUUAUUAGACAAUCAGUUGCCAAAAGACACAUUAUGCAAUAACAAAGAGCCAUCACAUGUAAAUGCAGGUAGACGUUCAUAGAAGAGAGCAGUUCCCACGGACCACAUUCACCAGAGUAUAUAUGUGCAGGUAUGGAUCAUUAUCAGGACAGUGAAGACUUUUUUUCUUUAUUUAUAUUUUCAGUUCUUCCAAAUUAUUGAUGUAGAUUCUGCCUCUCUGUCUGAUGCCCUCAUUAGCCUGACUGUUAUCUGUUUACCAUGUCUCAUUCCCAGACAAUCAAGUAGAGCUAUGAAAGGAUCAGUUUACUUCAAAUUCAGGAUUUCAUUCAUGAUUCUGACAGGAUCUGAGUGAACUGCAGUGGUUCUUGAGUUCCCCCAUCAGGUCACAUUUAAAAUAAUAGUUAUAGGUUCAAAGUAUUUUUUCACCACAUCUGAUCCUGUGUGUAAAGUUGCCUGACAAUCUAUCAAGCCUAGCUCUCAGUGAGUCUUUGAAUGUAUAAUAAUAUGGGCUGUGUAUCACAUUACUCAAUUUGUAUAAGAGUGGUUUCAUGUGGAAGGGCUCAGUUAUUUUGAGUUUUGCCUCCUUGUGAAACCAGAUAGUGCCUCCCACCACCUGUCAAAGGUAUUUUUUAAAUAAAUGCCUAGAACAGGACAGAAAAAUAGUUAUUAAAGUGUGGGCUGCCUUUUUCCCAACAUAUGUUCAAUGUAACAGCACCCUUAUUACAUUUAAAGAUACUUUUAGUGUUUUCAGUGAAACCAAGAACCUUUAAAGCCCAGUGUUUCUCAAACCAGUAUACCACGGCACACUUAUUACAUUUCUGAAGUCAAACAAACAUUACAUUGACUCAAAGUGAAUUAAAUUAACCUCUGACCGCCUCCCCUCUGAGCUAAUGCAGUUUUCCCUCUUAAAUGUUCAAGUAUGUUGGCUGUCUCCUCUCGUAUGACCGCGCUGAGCUUCAGGUGACGUUUCCAAACAAUCACUGAAUAGUUGUGGCCUGAAACAUGGCGAGUGAGUGCCACGACCUAAUGAAGAUUGAGAACCACUGGUUAUACUGAUUUUUGAAAUGCUUAGAGAAGCCCAGAUAUGAAUCAAUGCUGGGGUUGCUGAUUGUAGCCUUUAAGGUCUAGACUGUUGCUCUGUGUAGAAAAUAAACUCUUUGUGUUGAUGUCAUCUGUGUAUUAUAAAGAAUGCUAAUUUAUCCUUGUAAAAAAGUGACAAAACAUUUUAAAACUUGUUUGUUAUUUAAAGACACUUUUGUAUCAGAAGAUGAUGAAUAAAAACUUUUUGGUUUCCAUUA